AUGGAUGAUUUAAAAUUAUAUGAUUUCGAAAAACGCAAUAAAAAUAAAAAUAGUAAUUAUGCUCUAUAUUAUAGAUAGGAAUAUAUAUUCUGGAAGUAUUGUGAAACUUAUGAUUGCUACAAUCCUAUAUAUUGUUUAGGGUUGUCAAUAUACAGAUUAUGAAGAAAGUUUGCUAAGUAAAAAAAAUUAAAUAGAAAAAACAAUAAUUUAUUCGUAAGGUUCAACCCAAUCAUUUGCUUUUUGGAGUUUCUGUAUUCCAGCUUGGGAAGUUGAUGGCUAUCCACAAGUUGAGGAAAUGAUGUUUGAAGAUAAUAGAAAUUAAUAGCUUCUAUUUUUGAUAAAUUCAGGGCAAAACGACCAAUCUUUGAUAAUGUUUAUGUAUGUUGAUUUUAUUAGUGGUAAAAAUGAAGUAAUUCACAGUCUUCAUAUAAAUACUUAAUUAUAAGAAAAAGUUUAUGAAUACAAAUUUGAUUCUAAGAUUUAUGAAGGGAAGUGGUAUUUAAGCAUGAUAACUAUUGGAUCCCAAUUUAUAAAAUUCUAAACUUCAGAAUCAAACAAUUAUUAUGACAUUUAAGAUGAAAUACCUAUAUUCAAUACAUUUCAAAUCAUAAUUGGUGGUACAGGAAUUGUAAAUUAAUUAUAAAUAAAUUUAGGUCAGUCACAAAUACUAUCUGGGGAUAUUUAGAGGAAGAUUAUCUAAGCUUAUAACCAUAGAGGAUGAAGUAAACUAAAACUUAAUUUGGGUUCUUUCUAACUGCUAUGUACCUAUAAACAUAAAUGGAGGAUAAACAAUUUACUUAAUAAAUGAUGUGUAAAUUUUUAAAGGAAAUACAUAAUUGAUAAAAGAAAUAGAUUAGGUAGGCAAGAGUUUUCGCUUUUUUUGUUGGGUUAAAUAUGAUUUUUCAGAGGCAAGUUUCACAACAACCUAUUUAUUACUUAGACUUACAAUAUUCAAGAAUUAUGGGGAUGAAUUGAGAUUAGGUGAUGAACUGGCUAAAAUCACUGUAGAUUUAGACAACUCACAACCUUAAAAUUGUGGUUAUGAUGUAAUUUCCCAUAUGUAUUCUACCCCAAAUUUCGGUCCUAUAAAUGAAUAAUACUAGUAAAGACUUAAUUUUCGAGAUUAUGGUGGAUACUUUUAUCAAUAAUUAUAAUAGUGGCAUAUUGUUUCAUUCUUUUACAGAUAAACUGAUGGCCCUUCUGUGACUUUUAAUUUUAUUUCUUCAAAUAAUAUUAUUCAUGAGAAAUUUCCUGAAGAAUAUGCUUAAGGAUUAUUUACUAACACUAAAUAUUAUGCUAUUAUUGGAAGUGAUAGAACAAUAUAAUAAAAAUUGAGAGGUCAAAUCGCUAAUGCAAAAUUUGAGUAUAAUUNAUGAUUUAAAAUUAUAUGAUUUCGAAAAACGCAAUAAAAAUAAAAAUAGUAAUUAUGCUCUAUAUUAUAGAUAGGAAUAUAUAUUCUGGAAGUAUUGUGAAACUUAUGAUUGCUACAAUCCUAUAUAUUGUUUAGGGUUGUCAAUAUACAGAUUAUGAAGAAAGUUUGCUAAGUAAAAAAAAUUAAAUAGAAAAAACAAUAAUUUAUUCGUAAGGUUCAACCCAAUCAUUUGCUUUUUGGAGUUUCUGUAUUCCAGCUUGGGAAGUUGAUGGCUAUCCACAAGUUGAGGAAAUGAUGUUUGAAGAUAAUAGAAAUUAAUAGCUUCUAUUUUUGAUAAAUUCAGGGCAAAACGACCAAUCUUUGAUAAUGUUUAUGUAUGUUGAUUUUAUUAGUGGUAAAAAUGAAGUAAUUCACAGUCUUCAUAUAAAUACUUAAUUAUAAGAAAAAGUUUAUGAAUACAAAUUUGAUUCUAAGAUUUAUGAAGGGAAGUGGUAUUUAAGCAUGAUAACUAUUGGAUCCCAAUUUAUAAAAUUCUAAACUUCAGAAUCAAACAAUUAUUAUGACAUUUAAGAUGAAAUACCUAUAUUCAAUACAUUUCAAAUCAUAAUUGGUGGUACAGGAAUUGUAAAUUAAUUAUAAAUAAAUUUAGGUCAGUCACAAAUACUAUCUGGGGAUAUUUAGAGGAAGAUUAUCUAAGCUUAUAACCAUAGAGGAUGAAGUAAACUAAAACUUAAUUUGGGUUCUUUCUAACUGCUAUGUACCUAUAAACAUAAAUGGAGGAUAAACAAUUUACUUAAUAAAUGAUGUGUAAAUUUUUAAAGGAAAUACAUAAUUGAUAAAAGAAAUAGAUUAGGUAGGCAAGAGUUUUCGCUUUUUUUGUUGGGUUAAAUAUGAUUUUUCAGAGGCAAGUUUCACAACAACCUAUUUAUUACUUAGACUUACAAUAUUCAAGAAUUAUGGGGAUGAAUUGAGAUUAGGUGAUGAACUGGCUAAAAUCACUGUAGAUUUAGACAACUCACAACCUUAAAAUUGUGGUUAUGAUGUAAUUUCCCAUAUGUAUUCUACCCCAAAUUUCGGUCCUAUAAAUGAAUAAUACUAGUAAAGACUUAAUUUUCGAGAUUAUGGUGGAUACUUUUAUCAAUAAUUAUAAUAGUGGCAUAUUGUUUCAUUCUUUUACAGAUAAACUGAUGGCCCUUCUGUGACUUUUAAUUUUAUUUCUUCAAAUAAUAUUAUUCAUGAGAAAUUUCCUGAAGAAUAUGCUUAAGGAUUAUUUACUAACACUAAAUAUUAUGCUAUUAUUGGAAGUGAUAGAACAAUAUAAUAAAAAUUGAGAGGUCAAAUCGCUAAUGCAAAAUUUGAGUAUAAUUAUGAAGAAAAUACAGAAUUGAAUAUUGGUAUUAUAAUUAUAUCAUAAGGUAGGCUGUCAUUAAACAUGCAGUAAAUGUAAUGGUCCAUUAUCAACAAAUUGUUUAGAAUGUGAUAGUAACAAAAAUAGAAUAUUCUCAGAAGACUUAAAGAUUUGUUCUUGCAAAUAUAAUUUUAUUGAAUAAUAAGAUGAGUGUAAAUCAUACACUCAGAUUUAUUCUAAUAUAUAAAUCUUAGAUGUUUUCUUAGAUUAGAAUAACUUAAUUUGUGAGUAUGGAUAUUUCUACUUACCUACAAUCAAGGAAUGUAUUAAAUGGUAUGAUUUUUAAUUAAACUAAUAAAUAGUCCAUAAGAGAAUAAAGUUACUAUUCUAUGUGCUGAUUGUCUCAUUUAUCCAAAUACUUGGUAUUAAAAACCUGUGUGUACAAUAGACUAUAUAGUUGAUAGUGAUUCUGAAAAGCCAGCUUAUAGAUUAGAAUAGAGGUCUACUUUUAAUUAUGAUGUCUAUUUGAUUGAUUAAGAUGCUAAUUUAGUAUUAAUUAAUGGAGUUGAAAAUUAUUGUAAUGGUGAAAAUGAUCUUCCAAAUUUCUUUAAUAUAGAAAAGCAAACUCAUUUGUUUGAAACUUUUUACAUUAUGUGUAAAUAGGAUCAUUAUUUUGAAAAUAAUAAAUGUUUGAAGUCUGUAUAACAUUGUAUUAAAUCACAUUAUUGGUUUUAAAUUUGUUAAUAAUGUGAAAAUGGAUAUUAUUUAUAUAAUAAUAUUUGUGUAAUAUGUGAAAAUUUUUGCACUAAAUGUCAGAUGAUAAAUUAUGAAUAUUAUUAAUAGUAUUAGUGACUUUAAUGUCCAGAUGGAUAUGAGAUUAAUAAUAAACAAGGUUGUACAAAAUGUGGUCAUAAUUGUUAGAUUUGCAAAUUUUAGUAAAUGUAGAAUUCUGAUAUAUAACUUUUAAGAUGUUUAAAAUGUGUACAUGAUCAAAAAUAUUAUAUUUCAUUAGAUGGUGAAAAUUGCUUUGAAAAUCAAAUACAAAAUUGUCUUUAUGCUUUUGAAGUAUCAAGAAAUGAUAAUAAAAUUAACUCAUUAGAAUAUGAAUUUAAUACAAUUUAAAGUGGUUCUCUCUCCAUAUGCGGAUAAUGCUAAGAAAAAUAUACCUAUAAUAUUGAUACGAAUCAAUGUGAAUCAUAAUAAUCUGCUGAAUGUUACUAUAGUUAUAGUUACAUAACACCACAAGCUUUAAUAAAAGAAGUCUGUUUAUUUGGACCUAAAAUAAAUACAAUCGUAGAUCCUAUAUCAUUCAUUACUGAAAGCCCUUGUCUUAAUUAUAAUUGUCACAUUUGUAUGAUUAGAUAAAUCAAUAUAAAAGUCUCUUACAUUUGUCUUGAAUGCAAUAAUGGUUAUUAUGCAGAAAAACUGUCUGGAUAUUGUCUACCUUGUCCUUAAGAACUAAAAUGUUAAGUUUGUUAUUAAUAACAUAAAAUAUCCAAAGAUAAUUGGAAGAAUUAAAUUCGUGCCUUUUAUAGGUCUAUCAUAGAUGAUGACUUACAAUCACAUUCAUUUAUUGAAUAUGGUCUUAGUUAAGAUAUUGGAGAUUAUGAGAUUGUCUGCCAAUUUUGUAUUGAUGGAUAUUAACUUCAUAAUGGAAAAUGUAUUCCAGUCUGCCCUAGUUCUUGUUUAAAAUGUAAAAUAAUAAAUGAUGAGAAUAUCUGUAUCUAAUGUCCAUAAAUUCAAGGCAAAAGAAGUUUAAGUGUAUAAAAUAAUUAAUGUAUAUAAUGUCCUGCAUUUUGUGUAAUUUGUCGUAUUAGAGAAUAAGAAGAAAUAAAAUUAAUUAAUCCAGUUUUUAAUAAUUUGGACUUUUAUUAUUAUUCAAAUUAGUGUUUAUAAAAAUAACUAGGAUAUUAUGAUAAAGAUUUGAAAAUGUAUGUUGAUUGUCCUUAAGGUGCUUGUAUGAAAGAACUGUACUUAAGUUUAUUGUUGUAUUGUUAAAAAGAAGAAUAUGAUAAAGAGAUUUAAUUUUUGAAGAGUGAAGAAGAUGUUAAAAGCUUUAAGCAAAAGAAUAUAUUAAUUGAUGAUUUAUUCUCAAAUUCUAGUUUUCCAUAAGUAUUUUUUUAAAUAAAUCUUUUAGUUCGAGUAACCAGAAUUUUAUCAGAUGGCCAAUGAGUAGGUUGUCAAAUCUAUAAUUAUCACAAUUCAUAGUUUAAAACCUUAAAAUUGCAUAAUCACUAAUAAUAAUAAAAGUAUUAAACAAAAAUUUAGUUAAAAUAUCUUCUCAGCCAUGUAUUUAAUUUUAUAUAAUUUAGAAAUGUUCAAUUGGAACUUUAUGGAAAUGAGAAUACAAUUUUUUAAUAUGAUAAAACAAUUUAGAUUGUAAACUUCAAGAAAGUUAUUUUUAAUGGAAUAAUUUUAUAACCAUCUAUAUAUUUUGGUUUUAAGCAAUUAUUUUUUAACAGUAUCUUUGAAUAAACAAUACAAUUAAUAAAUACCAGAUAUAUAAGUGACUUUAAAUAUUAAUUUUAAUCUUAAAUUUUAAUAUGGAAUUCCACAGAUGUUCUGAUAUCUACUUUUACAAUUUAAGAUUUAAUUUUAAGUGAUGUCUAAGCAUUUAUUUUAGUGGAAAAUAUAAACUCUAUUCAAAAAAUUAUUAUUGAAAAUAUGAAUGUGAUAAAUUGUAAAUUCAACAUGCUUAAUGUUUUCUAAUUUAAUACUAAAUCUACUGACUAAUUAAUUUUCUAUUAAUCAAAUUUUAACUCAAUCUGGUUUUAUGCAUCAAAACUAAUAUAUUCAACUUCUGGAUCUCUUCUAAUUUAAGAUACUGUAAUUUAAUAAUGUGUGAUAAAAGAUGUACUAAAUUUAAUUGGAGGAAACUUAUUGAUGUAAAUAUAAAUUAAAUAAGUUUUAAUAUAAACAAAUAAAAUAGUCUAUUCGAAGAUAUUUGGUAUGGGUUAUAAAUUUGUUACUAUUUUCUUUCAUUUUAUUAAAAAUGAAAUUUUGGAUUAUUCUUCACUUAUUAGCAAUUAUAAUUCUUAAGUAGAAACAGUAGAUAUUACACAAAUUGAAUUUUCAUUAAAUGUAUAUGACAAAUCAUCUAAUUUUAUUAGCAUAAGAAACGAUCUUUAUACAUAUAAAUAAAUUAAAUUUAAUAGUUUGACACUUCAUGUCAAUGUACUUAAUAGUAAAUUUAAUUAAAUAUCGCCCUUUAACCCAAAAGAAUUUCUUAUUUUCUUAGAUGUAUAAGAUUUAGAAAUAAACAAUUUGGUCAUCACAAAAGGUUUUGGAAUUACAGAUAUUGUAGUCUAAAAAGGAAGAUUUUUGAAAUUACGUUAAGUACAAAUUCUAUAGGAUAAAUCAUAUUAAAUUUAAGGACUUCAUUAAUAUGCAGAUUGUGUUGAAAGUGAAGCAGAAACAAAAUAUUCCUUUACAUCACUCUAUCUUUAUAAUAUCGAGUCGAUUGAAAUAUAAGAAUUAUUAAUCGAAUCUGUUACAAUGAUAAAUAAUCCAAUCAUACAUAUUCUAUAACCUGAAUCAUACUUUAAUAUUAUUAUUUCAGAAUUAUAUUUCAAAAAUAACCUCGUUUUGAUAUUAAAUUCUUAGGACUAAGCCUCUAUUCUUUAAAUAACAUCCCAAUCAUAUUCAUUUAUAACUAUUUAAAAUUCAGUAAUGGAAAAUAAUCUAAUGCAUUAAUAUCGUCAAAAUGAUUAAAUAAACUCAGCAUUACUUUUUAACUUUGAUUGUUCCGAAUGUACAACUAAUCUUGAAAAUCUAACAAUUUAAGCAAAUCUAGUUACUAAUUCGACAUAAGGCAUUCUUUUUUUGAAAUCAAAUAAAAUAAUAAUGAAAAAUGCUGUGUUUAGAUUUAAUUGUAUUUCCAAUUUUAGCAUUUUGCAACCUCAUAUAUUAUGGGGAUUUACAAAUGAUCAAAAAAUAUUUUUAGAGAACAUUAUAGACAUUUUUCCAAUCAAAGUAUCAACAGGAAUUGUUAAAUUAGAAGGCAAAGAGAUUGAAAUAAAUAAUGUAAGCAUAUCAAACUCCACUGGUACUGGAUUUUAUAUAUCUCUUUUGAAUGAGGCAAGUUGUGUAAUUAGUGAUAUAGUAUUCACUUCAUUAAAAUCAUUAUUUUUGGAAAAAAAUGAAAAUGGAGGAGCUAUUGUAUUAGAUACUACACAAAUUUUUAAUGCAACUAUAAAAAUAUAAACUAUUAGAUUGAGCAAUAUUUAAUGUAGAUAAAAGGGUGGUUUUAUAUAUUUAAUUAAUGGACAAGGUGAAUCUCAAAUUUUCAUAUCUAAUGUCAUACUUUAAGAUGUAUAUGCUCUUUAAGGAUCAAUUAUUUAUAGCGAAAUUUCUGCUUAAUCAAAUACAUCUAAAUUAAUAAAUCUAUAAAAUUUUCAUAUAAAGAAUACUCAAAAUAACCAAUUGAGUUUCUUGAGUCAAUUUAAUAAUUUAGAUGACUUAGAUGAAUUUUAGUAAUUAAGUUAUUAAAGAUAUUUGAUUUGCAUUUAUAAUGCAUAAACUAUUGUAAUAUCAAAUUUCUCAAUUUUCAAUCUAAAAUAUGAAUCAUUCCUUUAUGUAACCAAUACAUUUUAGAUAUAAAUCAAAAAAAUUGUAAUAAGUCAAUCAAUAUUCUUGAAUGCUGUUAUAUAAAUAGAUAGCAAAAAAAGAAAUACUACUAUUUUUAUGAGUGAUUUACAUAUAUCAAAUAUUUCUAUUUUUGCUGUUAUUCCAGAUAAAUUUGAGUGCUUAAUCUAAUAGAUUAAUCCAAUGCCUUACUAAACUUUUUCAUGUUUGAACCAAUACCUUAACAGGAUAUCACCUAAGAAUUUAACUUAAUUUUAUGAAAAUUAGUAAGAUAAAAAGGCAGGAUGUGUUAUAAAUAAGAUGAAAAUACAAAAUAGAAAUGAAAAUUUGAGUGUUAUUGAUAUCAUUCCAUUUAAAUCCAAUAUGACAAUCUUAUAAGUGUAAUUCUAAGACAUAGAUUGUGAAAAUUGUUAGAAUGGUUUAUUUAACAUACCCAUAAAAGAAAGUUAAAGUAUUUUAGAUAUCAAAUAUAUCAAUAUUUAUAGAAAUAAAUGUGGUAAAUCCAGCUGUAUAAAUAUUUACAAUAAUAUCCAAUCUCGUCGUAGACUAUAAAAAUUAAUUCCAUAUGUCAAUAAUAAAACUUACUAAGUAAAUGUAUUAAAUUACAUAUGCUAAUAAAAUCAGGGAUAUGAAGGUACAUGUUUAAGAGUAUAAAAUAUUACAACACUGAUUCUUUCUUCUACUUUUAAAAAUAAUAUUGCUGUUCAUAAAGGAGGCGCAAUUUUAGUUAUUGGAAUACAAGAUUUCUUUAUAGAACGAUCAAUAAUUAUUGAAAAUAUUGCAAAUAUUGGAGGCGGAAUAUUUAUGACUGAUUAAAUGAUUUAAAAUAUGACGCUUUUAGAUUCAUACUCAAUUGAUAAUAAUGCAAAAAAGUAUGGAAAUGAUGCAGCCCAAGUUCCUUCAUAAUUGGCUGUUUCAAUAGAUACUGUAAACUAUUUAUAAAAGAGAAAAAUACUUUAAACAGAAAAUCUUGUAAUAGAGUAAGUAUAAAUAAAGGAGUAUGAAGUUAUGAAGAAUGUGUUAUCUAAUACUAUCUAUUUUCCGAAUGGAUAAACUAUCUCUUAAUAUAAAUACUUUGAUUGGCAGAAAGAAGAAUAUUAACCAUACAAAUUGCAUUUAAGAAUAGUAGCCUAAGACCAAUAUGAUUCUAUUAUAAAAAAUUUAGAGAAAACAUAAUGUACAAUUAAAGGUAGAUUACUUGAUGAUGAAAUAGAAAGGGAAUUUACAACUAAUUUUACAAAUUUAGAACAUAUUGAAUUUGAUAAUUAAGAUUAUAAUUUGGAUAAAAUGAUAAUAUAUCUAGAUGAUGAAUUAAAUAUGACUUUACAACUUUAGUUUAACUGUAGUUCAAUUUAUAUUCCAGUAAUAGGAAAAUAACAAUAAAUACAAUCCUACCAUUAAAAUUAUUAUUUGAGAAUGAAUGUUAAAUCAUUACCAUGCCAAUUGGGUGAAAUUAAGAAGAUUUAAACUAAAAUCUGUGUCCCAUGUGAUCCUGAUUAGGGAUAAUAUUCAUUAGUAAUUAAUGCUCAAAAAUGUUAAAUCAAAGAUGACGUCUCAACAAUAGAAAUUAAAUCAGCCUAACUUAAUCUGAGAGAAGGAUAUUGGAGGCCCUAUAUUAAUACUUAUUCAAUCAGUUAAUGUAUUAAUUUACUCCAAAAUUGUAAUGGAGGUUGGUCUCAAGGGGAUAAUUCUUGUACUGUUGGACACAUAGGUGCUUUGUGUGAAGAAUGUGAUUUAUAUGACUCUCGAGGAUAUGGAUAGUUUUCAACAAGCGUUAAAUAUUCUUGUGCUUCUUGCGUAAAUAAUUUUACAAACAUUAUCAUUAUCACUUUGAUUACCAUUAAGUAAAUUGUUAAUAAUAUUUUAGGACAUUAAUUUCUAUCUUAAUUUCUGUGAAAAGCACAUUAGCAUUACUUGAAUAGAUUGCAACUCAAAUUUAAAUGACAAAAUUAAAGUUCAUUAAAAAAUAAAAAUAUUCUUAAUCUGCUAUUCUCAUAAAAAUGCUUACUAAUCAUCUGUAAAUAUUAACGGCCAUAACUACUUUUAAAAUAGAUUUUUCAUUUGUUUUAACUAAUUCCAUAAAUUCAAAAGGAAAUCCCAUCCAAACAAUGACAUAUUCAUUAGAUUGCUUUUUAAUUUAAAUGUUCUCUGUGGAAAUUCAUUAUGCUAGAAUAAUAUGGUAAUUAAUCAUGCCAUUCAUAUACAUCAUUUUUUUUUUAGGAAUUUACAACAUUAUUGUAAAAUUUUGUUCUACUGAAUAUAGUUUGAGUGUUAUCACCACUACAUUCAUAUAUAUAUACAUUUAAAAUUAACCAAAUCUAAUUGGAGGUUUUAUUUCCUUAAUAUCUUUUCGCUCAAUAUCUGGAUAUUAAUGGAUUCAAGCUAACGUAGCUUAUAGGUAUGAUACUCCCUAGCACUUUAUUUGGUUGGCAGUCUUUUGCUUGCCAGGACUAUUUCUAUUUGCAUUUCUCAUACCAUCUCUAUUUUUUAUCUCCUUAUACAUUAACAGAAACAUUUUGAAUGAGAAAAGAAUUAGACAGAAACUUGGAUAUUUGUACAAUGAAUAUAAAACUAGCGCUUAUUUUUGGGAAAUUGUUAAAAUUGUGGAAAAAGAGUUGGUAAUCAUCUUUCUAUCAUAUUAUGACGACGAUAUUAUUCAGAAAGGCACUCUUGUUUUACUUGUUGUUUAUUUAUAUUCAGAAUUAAAUUAUAGAUUUAGGCCAUAUAAAAUGAGUACUCUUAAUAACUUAGAUGCCCACUCAGCAAAGGUUUGUUAAGUUUCCAUCAUUUUGGGAUGUGGAAUAUACAUCAAUUAAUUAUAUGGCAAUAUUGAAACUUAAAUACCUUACUUCUUAAUCUUAGUCGUACUCAAUUUCUUUUACUUAUUGAUGCUUCUUAAUUAAAUAUUAAAAUCUUACUGGGAGGACUUAGAUGAUUAAUUGGACAAAUUGAGGGAAAAGAUAAUUGCUAUAGCUCCUUGGACUAUGGAUUAUCCAUGUCUCAGAAUCUAUUUAGAGAGUAGUAUUAAGAGAAGGAAACGUGUUUAAGGAUAGUACCAAAAGAUUAAAAAAUAUUUACUUAGUUAUGCCAAGCCCAUCAAAGAGCUGAAAGACAAUCUCAAUUCUAUUUAAAACGAAAUUCGACCAUCCAUUAAUAUGUCCAUAACGAUCAAUUAAAUAAGAAUAUUUAAAGAAAUUUAGAAAUAAAUAUGA